AUGACAUCCCCAUUUUUCUGCAGGGAAGAAGAGCAGUGGGCCCAGAGAGUCAGAAUGUCCUGUGUGUGGAAUCACUCUGCGUGCUGGCAAGGUCGACGCCCAUCUCCAGCUAGAGAUCAGCAAACUCGUGCGCCUUCCCCAGUCACGCCCACUGUCACAGAGAACCCCCAGUGUGUCAGCGGCGACACCAGGCGUCUGCAUUGAUGACGCUGUUCCGUCUACCUCGUCUUCAAACACAACGGAGGUCUGCAACGCUUCGAGGCCGAAGGAAAAAUCGGUUCGCAAAGGAGCUGACUGGCAGAAGUACGAGAAAAUCAGAUGCAGCCGACAGGCUCGAUCCCGGGAGAAGAGGAGACGUGGAGCUUCUGGCGACGAGGCUCCGGAAGAAGGCGGGGGCGGAGGCGGGGAGAGGGAAUGCCCUGUGUGCGACAAGUCUUUCGGCGUCGAUGAAAUCGAGCGCCAUAUAACCAGGUGUCUCCGCCAGGCGGAGACGGAGUUCGAAGACGAGGAGGUGGACGUGGAAGGCGACGAAGGCGGCGAAUACGAGGAGUACGAGUGGUGCGGAGUGACGCGAGUGAGGGCCACGACGCUCCUGGAUGAAGGGCAGCUCCAUGCCAUUGGGACCAAAGUAGAACGCGGAAGUGAAGACGAAAUGGUGGAUGUGUGUGAUGACGACGUAGAGGCCUUUGGUCCUUCUCAGUACACCGACAAAGACCUCAGCAGUCUGGAAGAGAAUGAUCGCCCGUCAGAUCAGGAUUCCGACUCUUACGAUCAUCCUCAGAAUGAAGAGUCGUCAAACCGGCUUAUCAAUGUGAUACCAACGACUAACAGCACUGGCGGCUCCGUACUGCAGCCCUCCCGAAUAACUAGGGCAGAGGAUGACAUUCAAAAUUCUCCACCUCCUUCCCCUGGCGACUUUGAAGCGUCUUUCUCGUCGCCAGAUGGUCAGGGUAUGACUACGGGCAGCAGUCCUCAUAAUCUGCAGAACAAGAACACAGAAACUGGUAUUGACUCGGUGAACUCGCCAAGCUCCUCCGUCAGUCAGAAGGAUUCAAACAAAGACUGUGAGACUGACAUUCCUCAAGAGAAUUCGAGGUUAAGCUCUGGCGAAGACGAAGGGAGUGACUCUCUCAGAUCCAGUUUCCAGAGUGGAGGUGGCGUUGUGGGUGCUGGAGUAGGACCUACGAUGGAGGCUCUUCGAGCUCGAGUGAGAGAGCUGGAGGAGGAACGCUUGAUGGGACGCUACUCUUGCCGCGUUUGCCACGGAGACUAUGAUAAACCUGUGGUGUCCAUAUCUUGCUGGCAUGUUCACUGCGAAACCUGUUGGCUUCAUGCACUGGCUGCCAAGAAGCUGUGUCCUCAGUGCAGCGUGAUAACCUCAACCUCAGACCUUCGACGAGUUUACCUCUGACCGCCAUCGGUGCUCCCCAUCAGAACUUGGCUCUUCGAGGACCGAGGUACUUCUAGGUUUCAGUGGAAUAUGUCGUCACCAGCUCCAUUCAGAAGCCGAAUCAGUGGUCAUAUUCACGACCUCGACUCCAUUCAGAUCAUGGGAGAGAUAAUAUUACCACCAUACAAGAUACCCAAGGGAGGCGUCGAGAUAGGUCACUGGGGUAUGGGUAAUUUGAAGCAAAAUGACUUCCGGAACCAUUGGGAAAUCUUUGAGGAGUCAAGUCUCCAAGUUGGUCAUUAUUUCUCACAUUGGAACGUGAAUGGAAAAAUGUUAAACCAAAACAAGUUUGUAACUUUGUGAUGAAUAGAUAUUUAUUUUGAUACUUGUGAAGAAUAUUAGCUACCCUGACAUCUAUCCAGUGAAGAUCGUCACCUUGUUCUUGGAAUGCUUUUCCGCUCCCCACUCUCUGUUUGUUAUGAACAUUUUGGAAUAAAUACUCUCUU